AUGGAUAAUUAAAAUUUUCUGUAUUUAUCAUUAGGUGCUUAUAUUGGAGUAAGUUUUAGAUUAGAAAUUGUAUCGAUUGUCAGCAACUUUCUUACUGAUUAAUCUAUACCUAUAGAUUUAAUUGAUAAUUUCAUUGGAUCAUUUGUUAUUGGAUUUUAUAAUGAUAGAUAUAAAAAUAAAGAUUUCAGUUCUCAUUUAGCUAUCAGCACAGGAUUUUGUGGAUGUUUAACUACUUUUUCAUCUUGGAUUAUUGGAAUCAUUAAUUUAGCUAAUUAGGAAUUAUGGUUUAAUAGUAUGAUUAAUCUAUUUAUUGGAACAACAAUUUCAUAUUCUGGAUUCAAACUUGGUUAGAAUGCUGAAACUGAAUUCAAAUUUCCAUUUCAUUCAAAAUUAAUAUAUUUAGCAUUUCUUAAAUUGAUAAUAGUUUAAGUAUUAUUUAAAAGAUGGACUAUGAUAGUAACAGCAUUAUUAUCACCUUUUGGAGCAAUUCUUAGAUAUUAUAUAAGUAAAUUGAAUCAUAAAGAUUUUCCAUUUGGUACUUUAAUAUGCAAUUUAAUUGCUGUUUGGAUAGCUGAAGUACUCUUGAUGUCUAAAAUCAAUUUUGAUGAUAAUAAUAAUACGAUUAUAAAUACUGUCUUAAAAGGAUUUUGUGGUAGUCUAUCAACAGUUUCUACAUGGAUUAAAGAAAUUUGCACAAUAUAAUCAAUUGAAAUACGAUUUUGUUAUUAUUGGAUUUCUAUAUUUUUGAGUGUUUAUAUUAGUUUAAUUAUAUCUUAAUAUUUAUAUUGA